AUGAUAAUGAUCGAUAAAAAUAGAUUAUUACCAAAUCAACCACCAUCAUUAAAGAAUAUUAUUGAUGAGACAGCAAAUACAUUUUUCUUAUCAGAGAUUAUGGUUGGACUCUAUAUUACAAUGGGAUACUUCUUUAGAAAGAAGGCAACAAUCAACUAUCCAUUCGAAAAGGGACCUUUGUCCCCAAGAUUCCGUGGUGAGCAUGCUCUCCGUCGUUACCCAUCGGGUGAGGAACGUUGCAUUGCCUGCAAGUUGUGCGAAGCCAUCUGUCCAGCACAGGCCAUCACCAUCGAGGCCGAGCCACGUAAGGACGGUUCACGUCGUACCACCCGUUACGACAUCGACAUGACCAAGUGUAUCUACUGUGGUUACUGUCAAGAGGCUUGUCCAGUCGAUGCCAUCGUCGAGGGUCCAAACUUUGAAUUCACUACCGAGUCUAGAAUUGAACUUUUGUACAAUAAAGAGAAGUUGUUGGCCAACGGUGACAGAUGGGAGACUGAAAUUGCUGCCAACAUUGCUGCUGACUAUCUCUACCGUUAA